UCUGCCAUAGGUUUCACACACAAUUUUUACCAUCGUCGGAGAAAGUCACCGUUAUUUUCAUACUUGAAAAGUCUAUAUAAUAUUUUUUCAUCGUGCACGUGGGUUGUACGCUCGACGAAGGUCACGCGUGCCCGGGGGGCGCCCCAUCCCUGCCAACCCCCGCAGUCGCAGACUAGUCGCUUCUCCGCCAUUCCACCAGAACCUAUCCAUCAUUGCAAACGCAAACGCGAAUCUGCUAACGAUAAAUUGAAGUGGAAUUUCAUAGUGAGUACCUUUGUCUUGGUUGACAGAAUUCAAAAUUAACAUUUUGUAUUGGGUAUAACCGUUCCGUUUUCGAAAAAAAUAUUUACGCGCGCAAAUGUUAGUCAUUUGUUUAUGUUUUAUUUUUGUUGUCAAAUUAGUUAACGAUGUAUUGUGUUUUCGGAGUAUGUGUACAUAUGAAUUGGUCUUUAAUGUUUAUGUUUUAAGUGUUUCUAGCAGUUUCUCGUGUUGAUUAGCCUCAAUUGAACAGUUCAGCUUAGCCGCGUAACGAGAUUAGCACGACUUUGGGGUGAAACAGUCAGUGUCUUCAAGAAAUCGUUUGUUAUGGUCUUUGACUCCUAGAAAAUAAUACACGAGUACACGGUUUGAGCAUUUUCUUAAGUAAAGUUUAAAUGCGGCUCGAAAUUCGGCUUAAAAAAAGGUAAGCUAUUGAAUUUAUCCUUUCUUUAAUUUCAAAAUAAUGAACAAAACACUGUAAGCAUUAAUAUCAGACCUCUUCUGUUUCGAUUUAAAAUACUGGCUGGGUAAAAUUACGAGUAGAAAAGAAAAAAUAUUUUGCUUUCGCGCCAAUAACCUUUGCUUGAUCUUGUGCGAUUUUUGCGAAACGGGGAUUUGAACGGACAACGGUGAUAGGGCCCGACUUGAGCGAUACUCGAACAGGCGUGUUUUAGCGAUGGCCGCCGCCGACAAGCUGUACCCCAACUGCGACGCCAGCGUGUGGCUGCGCUCCUGCGAGCAGGAGGUCACCGAGCCUCUCGACGGAGAAAUAACAGGCGAGCUACCGGAAUGGCUGCGCGGGACCUUGCUGCGCAACGGGCCGGGCUCGCUGAAGGUCGGCGACAUGCGCUUCAAGCACCUCUUCGACAGCUCCGCGCUGCUGCACCGGUUCGCGAUCCAUGAGGGAAGCGUGACGUACCAGUGCCGCUUCCUGCAGUCCAGCACAUACAAGCGCAACCAGGCGGCGCAGCGCAUCGUGGUCAGCGAGUUCGGCACCAAGGCCGUGCCCGACCCCUGCCAUACCAUAUUCGACAGAGUCGCGUCGGUGUUCAAGCCGGACGAGACGAUCUCCGACAACGCUAUGAUAUCGCUGUACCCUUUCGGCGAUGAGAUAUACGCUUUCACGGAGGGACCGGUCAUUCACAGGAUAGACCCAGUGACCCUGGACACGAUGGAGCGCAAAAACAUGAUGGACUCCGUAGCGUUGGUGAACCACACCUCCCACCCGCAUGUUAUGUCCAACGGUGACGUGUACAACGUGGGCAUGUCGGUGGUGAAGGGCCGCGUCAAGCACGUCGUGGUCAAGUUCCCGUUUACAGAGAAGGGCGACAUGUUCGCGCGCGCGCGCGUGGUGGGCAGCCUGCGCCCGCGCUGGCCGCUGCAUCCCGCCUACAUGCACACCUUCGGCAUCACGGAGAAGUACUUCGUGAUCGUGGAGCAGCCGCUGGCGGUGUCGUUGUACGGUGCUCUACGCUCCCAGGUGGCCGGCGCGCCGCUCGCCGACAGCCUGCACUGGUACCCCGACCAGGACUGCUUGGAGACUCGGAUGAACGAGGAUGUCUCAAUUAGAUUUUCAGUUCAAUAUCAAUCGAUUCCAUCUUUUAGAGCAAGGCUGCUCAACCACAGGCUCGUCGCCCACGGUGUGGCCCGCGCAAGUGACGUGUACAACGUGGGCAUGUCGGUGGUGAAGGGCCGCGUUAAGCACGUUGUGGUCAAGUUCCCGUUUACAGAGAAGGGCGACAUGUUCGCGCGCGCGCGCGUGGUGGGCAGCCUGCGCCCGCGCUGGCCGCUGCAUCCCGCCUACAUGCACACCUUCGGCAUCACGGAGAAGUACUUCGUGAUCGUGGAGCAGCCGCUGGCGGUGUCGCUGUACGGUGCUCUACGCUCCCAGGUGGCCGGCGCGCCGCUCGCCGACAGCCUCCACUGGUACCCCGACCAGGACACGCACAUCGUGCUGAUCAGCCGCAGCACGGGCAAGGAGGAGCGGCGCUACUGCACGGAGCCGCUGUUCUUCCUGCACAUCAUCAACGCCUUCGAGCGCGACGGCACGCUCGUGCUGGACCUCUGCGCCUACAAGGACGCCAAGGCCAUCGACGCCAUGUACGUCCAGGCUAUCGAGACGCACAUCGUGCUGAUCAGCCGCAGCACGGGCAAGGAGGAGCGGCGCUACUGCACGGAGCCGCUGUUCUUCCUGCACAUCAUCAACGCCUUCGAGCGCGACGGCACGCUCGUGCUGGACCUCUGCGCCUAUAAGGACGCCAAGGCCAUCGACGCCAUGUACGUCCAGGCUAUCGAGAACAUGCAGAGCAACGCGGACUACGCGGAGUGGUUCCGCGGGCGGCCCCAGCGGCUGGAGCUGCCUCUGGACGCGACGACGCCGGCGCGGGUGGCCGCCCGCCCGCUGGCCGCGCUCGGCUGCGAGACGCCGCGCAUACACUACGACGCCUUCAACGGUCGUCCGUAUCGCUAUUUUUAUGCCAUCAGUUCAGAUGUUGAUGCGGAAUAUCCUGGUGCGGUGAUCAAGGUGGACACGUGGACGGGCGCCACGCUGACGUGGAGCAGCGCCGACUGCUACCCCAGCGAGCCCGUGUUCGUGCCCGCGCCCGACGCCAAGAGCGAGGACGACGGCGUGCUGCUGAGCGCGCUGGUGUACGGGCGCGACGCGCGGCGCGUGGCGCUGCUGGUGCUGUGCGCGCGCUCGCUGCGGCGCCGCGCGCUCGCCGCCUUCCGCACGCCCUCGCCCGCGCCCAAGUGCCUGCACGGCUGGUUCCUGCGCGUGAAAUCAAAUAGACCGGUUUAG